UUCUUUCCACUUAUGGAAAUUCUCAAUAUCAUCUGCUUCUCGUUCCUCUUUCUGGUAGUCCAUGCAAGAAACGAGUGUUCCUCUCGCAUCUGUGGAAAGGAUACAGUUGUAAUAAGAUUCCCUUUUCGACUUCAAGGCCAACAACCACAAAACUGUGGCUAUCCCGGUUUUGACCUGAGUUGUGGUGGUCAGAUAUCCAAGACAAUACUGAAUAUUCCUUAUUCUGGAGAUUUUUGGGUUCGAGAUAUCAACUACCUCUUGCAGGAAAUCCAACUCUAUGAUCCAAAUGGUUGCCUCCCAAGCCGCCUUUUGAGCUUGAAUCUUUCAUCUUCGCCAUUUAUGGCUGCAUACUACAAGAAUUUUACCUUCCUGAGCUGCCCUACAGAGAUUGUGAGGAACCAGUUGACCACCAUCCAUUGCCUUAGCAACUCCACAACCUCAGUCUUGGCAUCUUCAUCGAUCAACCUUGCAAAAGCCAUGAACAUUUGCAGCAUUAUUGUUACUUUGCCAAUCCCACUUUCACAGCCAGUUCAAGAUGAUCAAUGGCUUUCAUCUAACCUCAAUGCAGAUCUUCGGUUGACAUGGAACGUGCCUAGUUGUGAAGAUUGUGAAGCCAAAGGUGGUAUUUGUGGAAUUGACAACAGUAACAGCGAGCAAAUUUUGUGUUUUGACAAUCCUAGAACAGUUAAAGCAGGCCCUCUGGUCUUGCUUAUCAUCGCAGUAGCCCUGGCUGCUCCAGGAGUUACAUGCUCAGUUGGCCUUUUAUUUUAUAUAUGUAUGGAAUCAAGGAGACUAAGAAGGCAAUCAGCCAAUCGUGCAGCCCAGAAUUCAACCAUAGCACCAGCACAACCGGGCACCUCUCCGGCAGCAGGCCUUGAUGACUCAAGUAUUGAAACAUACAGAAAAAUAGUUCUUGGUGAGAGCCGACGUCUCCCAGGGCCUAAUGGUGUCAUGUGCCCGAUUUGCCUGGCAGAUUAUCAUCCAAAUGAUACCAUCAGGUGCAUACCGGAGUGUGAACAUUGCUACCAUUCUGAUUGCAUUGAUGAGUGGCUGAGGAUGCAGAAUACAUGCCCUGUUUGCCGGAAUUCACCUUCUCCAAAUCGUGGUAGCAUGUGACAAGAUACACCUUUGUAGUUUUCCAGUUUAUUUAAGUCCAUUUUUUGAACUCGGUGUAAACAAUCAUUCUUUUGUACAGACUAUUAUG